CACCACAUGUUUACCUCAAGUAGCAACAGGUACUGUAUAUAAAAACGGACAACAUCGAUGGACACUGCACACGACAUCAAUCCGCCGGUCAAACCAAACGGUCCGUAAAAUCAGCCCACAUAUUCUGCACAAAGAGAUGUUUGCUGUGGUGGUAUCCAUUCACGCCAUGCUACUGGUUCUAUCCGUAGCUGGGCUGCCCGCCCAUCACCAAGUGGAGGCCCGUCAAAGUUCAGAUGGUUGCGGACCAAAUCCAUUGGUAGCCGUCAUCUCUUACGCCCGUGAAUUUGCCGAUUUCAGUCCUUAUCAAUUGAUGCGUUUCAUUGAAUCGGACACGAAGGCCGGCAGUCAACUGCGAUCCUUACUCCGAACGUAUGACGAUUGUGUUCGAACGGGAGACGGUGCUCGAUACAAGAAAAGUUCUAGUGUGGCUGAUAUGAUGUUUAAUGACGACGCUGACUUGGUUAGCGAUCCAAACAAACCUGUUCCCCGGAUGAUUGGAGUCAAUAAACAACGUUCACUCCAACAAGCCAACCAGUCAUUGCUGAGAGCUUUGGCCAGCCACAGACUGUUGUAAAAGUCAUGGACGUCCUUACCGAACGAGUCGUGCCGAUUAAAAUUCCUGUUGCAUGUCUUCACGCAGUCACAAGUCCUCACGCAGCAUUCCAUUGUAGUCACACAAAAAAGGAACAAUAUGUAUAAAUAUACAUCCAUGUAGCAUUCGA